CAGGGAGCUAGAUUCACACUACAGGCUACCCCAAACAGGAUGGAUGAAUUCACCGAGGGAACAAAGCGAUCUCCAUGUCUCGUCAGUGCUGUGUAGGAACUUCUAAUGAGAGGGAUGUUCAAAAAGGUGAAUAAUGUGUUUCGUCCCAACUAUCACGGGCACAGGGCUCAUGAGCACGGCCUUCGCAGCAGACAGGACUACCACAACGCUUGCACCGUGCGGUUGGUCCGCAGCACCUCCAUGCUGGUGAUCGGGGAGAAGACCCAGACGGCCCCGAACUCGACCUUAAAGAGGAGCAAGAGCUCCGUGAGCAUCGAGUCCACCACCGCCUUGUAUUACUACCAGAGGCAGGAGGAUCAAAUAUGGCUCUACUCGCAGAACCAGAACUGCUUGGAAUACUUGGAAGAACUCGUGGCUUUGAGACGGCAAUACACGAGGAGCGUCCACGACCUGACCAGCAGUGAAUUAAAGGCCUCGGUGUCGACCAAGAAGAGAGCGGCGCCGCCCCCGCCUCCCAAGCACGCGCAGAGAUCAAGUGUCAGACCCUCUGCUCCUCCGUUUCCGAACGAGGACGACACUUUGCAAUACUUCGAUGCGGUCAUCGACAGCUGCGACGCGGAUCGGGCGCGCAAACCGCCCGCCGACGACGGCAACGCGGACGUAGACUUUAUUGUGGCGUCAAGCUCCAAAGAGCACGACCUCCAUUCCAACUGGGUCAUGCGCGUGCCCAGAGUGGCAGAGGGGUCCCGAGAGAAAGCGGCUCCUCCCGCGCCUGGCCGUGGCAGCGCCUCCAAGAAGAAAAGCUCCAGCGGCUCCACAAGCAGUCGACUGCGGCUGCAGAGGAACCCGAUCCACCUGCCCAAGGUGGUUGAGAGCGCCUUCCAGACGUUACGCUUCAAGCCCAAUUUAAAGAAGCAGUAGGGCCAAGGAGUUGCUGCUACUUAUUCCCAUUGCCAUGAUUAUUUUGUAUCAUAAUGCCGUAGAACAUUGUUUGAACGGUUCCGACGACGUUUCAUGUUUUUGUAUUGAAUUUUGACGACAAAAAUAUACAGUAGCCAAUAUGCUGAACAAAACUGCUAAGCCUCGAUCAUGUAGGGUAGAUGAGCUCAACCAUUUGGUUACACUCACGUGAGAGGUAGGGCUUCAUGGGGAAGCAGUGCCUGUGUGUUAGACACCAUGAGAAGACAAAUAAAGUUACCUCUUACUCCUUGGUUCCUGUUUCAUUAAUGGCCUUGUGUGGCAGUGUCACUGUCAUACAGGUUAAAUGGAAUCCAGUCGACCGGGCUCAAUGGAGUUUAAACAGAUUACCUUCAAGAAACCAUAAUCCUGUCAACUGCCAGUCACAGAUAUAUUUUACAUG